GUAUCGAAGGUGUAACAAGAUAUUUGCUGGUAUUUGGUUUGGUUUUAAGAAACCAGAAUGUAAAACAUUUUUGCAACCAUUUGCUGUGUCCCUUAAAGAGUUGUUUACAACUGGAAUUGGUGUUUCAGUUAAAGGGAAGAAAGUCUUGGUGAAGGGCAUUCUCCUCAGCUCAGUGUUUGACUCACCUGCGCGAUGUAUUUUCAUGGAACUGAAUCAGUUCAAUGGGUUUUUCGGUUGCCCAUUUUGUUUAACAAAGGGAGCAACUGUUAAAACAGGCCAAAAGGGCCAUAUGCUGGCUUAUCCCUUCAACACUGAUAACAGUUCCACUGGACAUGACCAGCUGCGAACUCUGCUGGAAACAAGGCAGCAUGCUAUGGAAGCAUUCACUAAAUCUCAGCAAGGGAAUUCUUCAGCUGUGAUGGGAGUAAAAGGAGUUAGCUGGUUUUUGCAUGUCCCUAAGUUUGAUAUGAUCAAUGGCAUGGGUGCAGAUUAUAUGCAUUGUGUUUGCUUGGGUAUAACAAAAAUGUUGCUAAUCCUUUGGACUGACAAAACAAAUAAGGACAACCCAUGGUAUGUAGGAAAUCAACUUGAGCUGAUUGAUACAAAAAUUCUUAGAAUUAAACCACCCCAUGUAAUAACACGUGCUCCAAGAAACAUUUUUAAUGAACUUUCUCAUUGGAAGGCAUCUGAAUUUAGAAAUUUUCUUCUUUUUUACUCCAUCCCUGUGCUAUGGAAAAUUUUGCCAAAUGAAUAUUUCCAACAUUAUUGCUUACUUGUUGAAGCUAUUUUUAUUCUGCUACAGUCAUCUAUAUCACCAAUGCAACUAAAGAAGGCAUCAG